AUGGAGCCAGAUGCCAAGGAGUUCACGAGUAUGGUUGCUCAGAUAAUUGAUAAGAGGCUAUGGAUGGGGGCUAUGGGAAAAUCAGAUGGGAUGCUUUCAUGCACAACAGCUAAAGAAAUAUGGGAUAGGUUGAAGGAACUGUACUCAACCGAUGAGGAUCUGGAGCACUCGAUCCAAACCUUAUUGCUCUCUGAAUUCGGUGCUUUCGUACAAAAACCUGAAGAGAAGCUCAUUCAAACAUUCGAUCAUUUCAACCAUUUGCUUAGCAAGAUGAUGAAGCCUAGUAUUGAAAGGAAGGUGAUUGAACAAAAUGAUACAUUAAUGAAUGGCUUAAGGCCCGAAUGGAUAGCAGUGGUUUCAACAGUGAAAGCUCAUGAACAAUUUAAAUCAUAUUCACUGGCGAAGCUAAUGGGAAUUCUCAAAUCCCACGAGAGCGAAGUAACAAAAGAAGCGAAAGUUGUUUCGGGUGUGGGUUCACUGGCCCUUGUUUAUAAACGCAAGAAUGUAGUAGACGAAGAGGAGCAAUCUGAUAUGUCAGAAUGUGAUCUGACCAAUGAAGAGUACACAAUGAUGGUCACUAACCCGAAGAAGUUUGCUCGCAGAAAGUUCCCAGCCAAUAAGAACCGAAACUGGCAGGGAAGCUAUAAUUCUGAAAAAGUGAAGGAAGAACCAAAGAACAACACCCAAAAGGACGAUGAAAAGAAGGAGAGUAAACUUGAAAACAUUGUCAAUGAUGAGUUCGAUGGAGUGGAAGUUUGGUCUAUAGAUUCUGAGGAUGAAGAGGUACGCACACCCUCGCAUGGAAGAGCAUAUGUGGCGAGAGAAGGAGUUGUUGUGUCGGCUGGGAGAUGCUUAAUGAUAACAACCGAAAGCAAGCAUGAGAAGGAGAAGGUCAAGGAAGACAAAUGCUUCGCUGCCAAGCCCAUGAGUGAAAAGAUCAGCGACUGCGAUCAGUUGAUCAAGAAGGAGGACGAAAUCAUUGCUGAGUGUGAAUCUAUAAUGUCCUUGGAUGAAAUCUCUGUCACCUACAAAUAUGGAUUGGACAAAAUUGAAUCUUUCAUUGAGUCUAAAGAACAAUUCAUUAAAAACGAACCCGAACCAACAAAACCCCUCAUAUCUGAAAAUUCGGUUGAAUACGCUCGGGUGUCAAAGGAAAAAUCGAAGACGCUCAAAGAAAAGGCCAUUGUCUAUCAGAAGGUACAAACUACACCCAACCAAGUGUAUAAAGUCACUGGAGUCACUAAGAAGCCAACGGCAGAGUUGACAUCGAUGGUUGACAAAGAUAAUGCUGAAGGGUGCGAUAAUUUCUUCUGUGGUUGCUCUCGUCACAUGACAAGAAGAAGUGAAGAACUUAGAGAGUUUCGGUCCCUUAAGGAUGGUGGGUGUGUGAAAUACGGAAACAACUCUUACAGCAUCAUCAAAGGAUAUGGCAUGAUAACUAACGGAGAGUUCUCUAUACGAAAGGUAGCCUACGUGGAAGGAUUGCAACAUAACCUCAUCAGCAUUUCUCAACUUUUCGCAGGAACCAGUUUGAAAGUCUCGUUUGAUGAUGAGGGAUCAAAAAUAAUUGAAAAACAAAUGAAGAAAAUUCUGUUAAAAUCUGAGCGAAAAGGGGAGAUAUUUCCUCUAAAUCUCAACUUGAUAAAAGGAAAGCUAGAAAUAUGUUUGCUAUCAAAGGCGAACACAAAUGAAAGUUGGUUAUGGCACCGAAGACUGUCCCAUCUGAACUUCAAAGAUAUUAAUCAGUUGGUGCUUGGUGAUCACGUGCGUGGACUUCCUAUUCUCAAAUUUGAUAAGGAACAUUUGUGCGCAGCAUGA